CCCCAUCACCAGCGCCUUUGAAGCUUAUGCCAAUCUCCGCGAGCUGCAGCUGAAUUUGAAAUACCCAAAUACACAUAAGAAAGAGCCGCCAUCAUGUCUGGAAGUGCAGGCUACGACAGGCACAUCACCAUCUUCUCGGACCAGGGUCGUCUCUACCAAGUCGAAUAUGCAUUCAAGGCAAUCACGGCGGCGAAUAUCACAUCAUUGGGCGUGCGGGGCAAGGACUGUGCAGUAGUCAUCUCGCAGAAGAAGGUGCCUGUACGUGACAAGCUCAUCGAUCCCGCGUCCGUCUCCCAUAUCUUCCGACUCUCGCCCUCGGUUGGCUGCGUCAUGACGGGCUCAAUUGCAGAUGCAAGGGCGUCGGUCAGCAGAGCCCGGGGCGAGGCUGCUGAGUUCCGCUACAAGUUUGGCUACGAGAUGCCCUGCGAUGUUCUGGCCAAGAGGAUAGCCAACAUCAGCCAAGUCUACACACAGCGCGCUUAUAUGCGGCCGCUCGGUGUUGCCACUACACUCAUCUCCCUGGACUCUGAAUACGGACCGCAGCUGUACAAGUGUGAUCCCGCAGGCUACUACGUGGGCUACAAGGCAACAGCAUCGGGGCCAAAGACGCAAGAGGCGCUGAACUUUCUCGAGAAGAAGCUGAAGAACAAGGAGCAUGCCGAGGGCAGCUGGGAGGAGGUGGUCGAGCUGGCCAUUGCCGCACUGAGCACUGUCCUUUCGGUCGAUUUCAAGAAGGGCGAAUUGGAGAUUGGCAUCGUGGGCGGCCCCAAGAAGGACGGCCAAGAGGGCACAGACCCCAUGUUCAGGGCGCUCACCGAGGAAGAAAUCGACGAACGACUCCAGUCCAUUGCCGACAAGGAUUAAGGAGCGAUGUAGCGGGGCUGCAAGUGCAGUGGGUCGCUGAGGUACGAGGAAAGAUAUGAAUCAUGACAAGGCUACGAGUAGCAUGCGACGGCCUCUCAGAUGUCAGAAGUGCUUCAGCAGCACAAUGAAUCAAGACUUAGACUG